AUGAUUCUUGACAAAAUAAUAAGGAAUUUAGUGAAACCUGCAACAACAGAAGAACCAGUAUCACCGGAAUGUCGACUUGCCAUUUGCUUGUAUAGAUUAGCACGUGGCGAUUAUUACUACACGCUUUCGGAGAUGUCUGGUCUUGGUACUGCCACGAUACAAGGCAUAGUGAACGAGGUUUGUGAAGCAAUUGUCAUUAACCUUUGGUCCUCCUCUGUUUCUGCCCAUUUUCCCACAUCUGAAGAACAGGUGCAGGAAAAAAUAAUUGAUAUGGAAGAAAGAUGGCAAUUUCCUUGCUGUUGGGCAGCAAUUGAUGGAUGCCACAUUUCAAUAAAAUGUCCUGCUGGAGGUGGUGAAGCUGCCAAAGAAUAUCAUAACUUUAAAAAUUUUUAUUCCAUAGUGCUAAUGGGUCUCAUAGAUGCGAAAUAUCGUUUUAUAUGGGCCAGUGCUGGUUUCCCGGGAAAUACCCAUGACUCUAUGAUAUUGCAGGCCACCCAACUGUGGAAAGACAUUAAUGAAAAUGAUUUGAUUCCUACAAUUUCAAAAAAGAUUGGUAAUGUCGAAGUUGGCCCAUUAGUGGUUGCAGAUUCUGCAUUUCCAUUUUCUACCUGGCUAAUGAAGCCAUAUACCUGUGCAAUUCUUACUCCAGAAGAAAGGUACUUUAAUUACCGCUUGUCUCGUGCAAGGAUGGUUACUGAAUGUGCAUAUGGUCAACUAAAAGGGAGAUUUAGAGUAUUGCACAGAAAAAGUGAAUGUAAUGAGGACACAAUGAAAGCAAUAACAUUAGCAUGUAUUGUACUCCACAAUAUUUGUAUUGAAUGUGAUGAAGCCUUACCAAUGCAACUAGAUUUGAGCAAUAACAUAAGUGGACGGCGGGAUAGGGAAACUGUGCGUCAGCUAUUGAAUAUGCGUAGCUGUGCAAGAGUCAAGGAUACCUCUGUCCAAGCUGGCAAAAUACGGGCAGCAUUAAAAGAAAAGGUUUGGAAGGAAAAACAAGGACAUGGAGUGUGCUGA